AUGUCCACUCAGAAGUCAGACACAUGCUCACCCCACCAAGCCCUUGCCCGGGGAAUAGGAUUCAAGAACAACCAUGAAAGGCUUUGGUGGGCCACCCUUGGGCCUCUCCUGGAGAAGCUGUUGGCGCUCUGCGAUUACCCAGUGUCCCUCCAAUAUCAGCACCUAUCAUUCAUCUAUUACCAUAUUCUGCCUUACCUCGGCCCAUAUCCUUCCAUCGAAAACGGCUUUGCAUGGAAGACAGCCUACUCACCGGACACAACGCCUGCCGAAGUCAGUCUCAACUUUGACGGGUCGAAGAAAGCAGUGCGCAUGGAUCACGUUCCUAUCAGCCAGUGGAGCGGCACGCCGAAGGACCCUUUCUGUCAGAAUGUUGCCCUCGAAUUGACCAAUUCCCUGGCUUCCAUGCUCCCCGACUUCAGUAUGGACUGGUUCGACUACUUUGUCCAACAGAUGUACAUCCCCGAUUCUGCAACGGACAUAGUCCUCGCACGAGAGCCUCCUAAUUUUCGUCGUAUGGCCAUACAGAGCGUCAAUGGGUGCGAUCUGUUGGACAGUGGCGUUCGGGUGAAGCCCGUAUUUAACGCCCUUUGGAAAAGCCUUGAGACAGGGAUCCCUCAUGACCAGCUGCUUUUCGACUCCAUUCGCAACAAUGGUGACCUUUUUGGUGCAUACCACCCUGCCCUCCAAGUCAUAGGCGACUACUGCCAGUCGGACCGAGCCAGGGAGUUUCAAACAAAGGGCUGUUUCCUCAGUUUCGACACCACUAACUCAAAAGACGCCCGCCUUAAAGUCUAUCUGCAUGGGCCACAGACAGCAUACAUUAAGAUGCGGGACGCGUUUACUCUGGGUGGUCGCCUCAAUAACCCCAAUAUCCAAACUGGUGUGAAAGAGCUACGCAAGCUUUGGUAUGCGGUGCUCAAUCUGCCGCCAGACUUCCCCGAAACCGAAGACCUUCCUGUGACCGACGACCUGUACCAGGGUUGGCUGGUUAAUUAUGAAUUGAGGCCCAACAACCAUGUCCCGGAGCCAAAAGUAUAUAUUCCGGUAGCGAUCAACAAUAAAGACCAGGAUAGCAUUGUUCAAGGACUUCAGGAGUUCUUUUCGCACCAUGAAUCCAUGGAUGUACAGGACUACCGACACAUCUUUGAGUCGUUGUUGUAUGUUUGCCCCAACCUACGAUGA